AUGUGGCUUCUCGGAUCAUCUUCUCAGCUGAUGAUGAUGGAUGAGCGCCUGUCUCCCUCCACACGCUCAGUCCAGAGUCCGGGGAACCCGUCCACAAUCCACAGCAUAGAGGCGAUAUUAGGAUUUAAAGAGGACACCAUCUUCCACAAAACAGCCUCCUACAGCAUGACAGACAAAGUCCUGAUUAAAGAUGCUGAGCGCAACAGGGAUGGAACAGUUACCCUAAUGAAGAAAAGUCACUACUCAGAAAGUUUUGACACAGGUGUGUGUAGUGCCAGCAGUACCGGAGAAGCCUCGGCGUGCCCGGACUCACCAGACAGAGACGGAAAACUGUCCGAUGAUGAAAACCCCAAAAAGAAACACCGUCGAAACCGGACCACAUUUACCACCUUCCAGCUACACGAACUGGAGAGAGCUUUCGAGAAGUCCCACUACCCGGACGUGUACAGCAGGGAGGAGCUGGCUCUGAAGGUCAACCUGCCGGAGGUCCGAGUGCAGGUGUGGUUUCAAAACCGGCGAGCUAAGUGGCGUCGGCAGGAGAAGCUGGAAGUGAGCUCCAUUAAACUGCAGGACACCUCCUCCUCCUCCCUGCUCUCCUUCAGCCGCUCUCCCACCAACUCCCUGGGCUCCGGCUUGCAGCUGGACCCCUGGCUCACCACCCCGAUCACCACCUCCACCUCCCUGCAGUCCCUCCCGGGCUUCAUCGGAGGCUCGCAGGGCCUACCAGGCACAUACACCCCGUCACCUCCCCCCUCCAUGCCCUCUUCUCUGCCUUUCCUCAACUCCUCAGCCCUGGGACACAGCCCUCACCUGCCUCACAUCAGCUCCAUGUGCCCCCCACCCCCAGCGUACCAGUGCUCAGCUGAUCCAAGGAACUCCAGUAUUGCCUCACUGAGGAUGAAGGCCAAGGAACACAUUCAGUCUAUUGGGAAGACGUGGUGA